AUGGCAAAACCUCAGAAACAGAAACGCAUCAAUGCUCUCCAACCACUACAAGGAAAAAGGCCAUUACCGGCGACAAAAGUCGCCGGUAAAAGUCCCAAAAGUCGUCGGGAUGUUGUUUUAGUUUCAGGGCUUCAAAGAUGCGGAAAGAGUUGUCGAUUGAGAUGGAUAAACUAUUUGAGACCAGAUAUCAGAAGAGGAAAAUUUACACACGAUGAAGAGAAGUUGAUCAUCAAUCUUCACAGCGUUGUCGGAAACAAAUGGGCCCACAUAGCAAGUCAUUUGCCCGGAAGAACAGAUAAUGAGAUCAAGAAUUAUUGGAAUUCUUGGAUCAAGAAGAAGAUUAACCGGAAGGCCUCAUCAACAAGCAUGAUGACACGUCUAAGUACAACUUCUACAAGCAUAGAUCAACCACAUUCUGACCAUGGGUACAACCCAACCCAUUUGAGUUUCUUGAAUCAAGAUUUGUGCAUCAACAACAUCAAGCAACCAAAUCAAGAAACAGUAUUCUCAUCUCCUUUGAGCUCAUUAUUCAUGCUUGACACAAGCGGUUCCGUACUAGAAGGCCACAAUGGGGAUUGCAUUACACAAACCGAGUAUUUCAAUGACUCGAUGUGGCAAAUGAACAAGAAUCAAAUCCCUGAAUUGCCCUCACAAGUGCUAAACUUUGCUACAAAUAACAGCAUUUAUUCAGGCUAUUUGCCACCAUUAAUGGAGAAUUUAGAUGGCAUGGUGCAGGGACAAAAUUGCGAUUUGAACAAUGGGGAAGGAAGAGAGUGUUUAAUUCAAAAGCAACAUGAUUUUAAUGAAUGGGUUGAGGAUCAAACAAACCAGCAAUGUCCAAGCUAUUUAUUUUGGGAUGAUGAACAUCAAGAAGUACAGCUUGGUGGUGAAGAGAUUGUUGUACAUUCUGCAUCAAACAUAGGACCUACAUUAUCUACGUAUCCUACAUCAUUAUAGAGAUUGCCAUGAAAAGGGUUUGACUGUUUCUUCAUUCUUUGACUUUUUUAUUUUUUAUUUUUUUUAUUUUUUGUUUUUUUAUUUUUAUUUUAUUUUUGUUUUUUGGAUUGGUGAGAGUUUGCAACGAGCGAAACUACAUAUUCAUGCAAGGAUUUCUUUUGUUUAUGUAUAAAGAAUGACAUGACAAGAAAAAAUAACAACUUACAAAUGUAUGGUACUGAAGUUGACAUGAAAUACGUAUGAUAUAUAUGUUGUGAGGUUCUCAUAUCAUUCGUG